AUUAAGAACUCAGCUCAGCCUUCAGUCAAGAGCUUUUCUGGCAAGAUGAAGUCUACCAGCUUGUUCCUCUGUUCUCUGCUCCUUCUUCUAGUGACAGGAGCCAUUGGGAGAAAAACUAAGGAAAAAUACUCACAGUCGGAAGAAGUUGUCAGUGAGAGCUUUGCCUCGGGCUCUUCGUCGGGUUCUUCUGAUGAAUUAAUGAGAGACAAGCCAUAUGGCCCCAAAGUCUCUGGCGGCUCCUUUGGUGAGGAAGCUUCUGAGGAGGUAAGUAGCAGAAGGAGCAAGCACAUCUCUAGGAGUUCCGGUGGCUCCAACAUGGAAGGUGAGAGCUCGUAUGCCAAGAAAAAGAGGAGUCGGUUUGCUCAAGACGUACUCAACUGAUACUGCAUCGAGCAGCUGAACAUCUGGACCAAUAUGCCGGAGCCACAUUGCCUGGAUGAAGCCUGUGAUGUCUUCAGCAUGCAGCUCCCAUGUGGUCUCAGAGGCAGUCCCUGGAUGGCAUUUCCUUCUCAUGCUUGUUUGUCUUGAGGUUCUUAAACCUAACAUUCAGGAACUUUCUUUCCAAUAAAGAGAUAACAAUCUGCAUCAUUAAC